CUCUUUGCAGGUCACAUGAUUUCUGGGAAAAGGAGGAAGCAGCAAGAAGAGCACACUACAGGAAGAGAAACUGGGGGCGGCUGUUAUUACAGAGGGGAAUAGAAACUGAGAAAAAGACGUUCUGACACAGGAAAUAGCACAAGUUCUAAAGGUUUAAGAUGGCUACUGGUCGUGCACGGACCACUAGAAAGUUAAAGCCAUGGCUGGUGGAACAGAUUGAAAGUGGAAAGUACCAUGGACUGAUGUGGGAUGAUGACCUGAAAACUUGCUUCCGCAUCCCAUGGAAACAUGCUGGCAAGCAAGACUUUCGUCACGAUGAAGAUGCUGCCAUCUUUAAGGCAUGGGCUAUGUACAAGCAAAAAUACCAAGAUGGACAAAAGGUUAAUGCAGCAGUAUGGAAAACAAGACUUCGCUGUGCUCUCAACAAGAGCCUUGAAUUCCAAGAACUCCCUGGCAGAUCACAGCUGGAUAUAUCUGAGCCAUACAAAGUGUAUAGGAUUGUUCCACCAGAAGAGCAAUGUAUUGCAUCCUCUGAGAAGCAAAUCCGGAAAAGGAAGGUCCCUGUAGAUUCAAGGAGUAGUUCUUCUGAUGAAACCGGACCAGUAGAAAAGAAACCUGAAAUUGCUACAUUGCAGGCAUGUGAAAUUUCUGAGGUCACAAGCUCUGUCUCACCAGAGGAUUCUGGGAUUGGAAGUGACCUAAGCAACACAGAUACACCUAUUUUAGCGCAACAUAUUUCUGAACUUGAGUCGUCAUAUCCAAAUACCAACAUCACUAGUAUGACCCCCAUCCUUCCCAUUGAUGUUCCGUCACAUGAGACACACAAAGAUACAGGAUUGAGGAUUACAGUGAUUUAUAGUGGAAUUGAAGUGGCACACAAGGUGGUUCAUUGUGGAGAAUGUAGACUGUCAGCUGGGCCUCCUGUUAAAAGCUUCAUUGGUGGAAUGGAGCAUGUGCUUCUUCCUGCUCCAGGAGAGCAAUUUCAAGCAGACAUACGCAAGAGAACAGAGGUCCUUCUCGGCUUCCUUCAGUCUGGUGUUAUGCUGGCCAGUAAUGCUGAUGGAAUCUUUGCUCAACGUCAAAAAUCGUGUUUGGGACGUAUUUACUGGACAGGACCUUAUUCAAGUUCUCCAGAAGUGAUCAACAAACUGGAAAGAGAUGACUUUGUACAACUGUUUGACACAAAGAAGUUCUUGAGAGAUCUUGAAACCUACAAAGCAGAAGGAGGCACACCUCCUGAUUACCAUGUCACUUUAUGUUUCGGGGAGGAGAUUUCAGAAUCUAGCCACACUACGGACAAACUUAUCACAGCAAAGAUAGAACAACUUAUGGCCUCUGAGAUGGUGCACCAAGCAGCGGACAACCUCUGUAAUGUUCAGUUUAUGGAUUCACUCAUGCAGAAUUCCUCUCCCACAUAUCUCAUCACGCUGUUACCAGUAACUACAUUGGAUAGCAUUCCUGAAUAUUCAUAAUUUAGCUACGCCCAUAAAUUGCAUUUUAUCCAAUACCCACUACUGUCAUCCUAGUUUAAGACCAUUUAUAUAUCGUUUUGUUUGGAUGUUCAUCCUGGAUAAGUGUUAAGAUUAAUAUGUAAGUAGUUUAAUUGUGUGCCUUAGGCCUCAUGCACACGGCCGUUGUGCGGCCGUUCCGUGGAUUGGGGACUGCAAUUUGCGGUCCCAAUGCACGGAUAACAUCCUGCGGCUGCCAGGACGGAUCGAGACCUAUUCAACUUAAAUGGGUCUGUGAUCCGUCCGCACUGUAAAAAAAUAGAACAUGUACUAUUUUUUUGCGUUGCGGAGGCACGGACAGAAACACUGCGGAGUGCUUCCGU